UCCUCCCUACCUACUUUACCGCCGCGGCCCGGAAAGAAAACCAAAUCCCACACCUUCGCUUUCCCCUUUCUCUUCUCCUUUCCCCUUCCCAAUUGUCUCUUCCUCCUCCUCUCUGCUAACCACCAUUGCAACCUGCGUGCUUGACCGGAGGGAGGGGAGGGGAGAUGGGCUCUCGGGAGUGAGAAUCAGGGUUACGAGGCUCAUCAGGACACCUCCUCUCACCAUCUCGCUCGGCACUUCUGUCUCGGCAACGGCAACGGCCGCGUGCCCCAGCAGAGUUCCGCGGCCGGGCUUCGACGCUGCGCCACAGAACGAGAUUUUGAUAUUUGUGAGGGGGGUGAUACCUAUUCUUGUAUGCAACCUGCGAGCAGUUCCUGAGGAUUUGGCAGGUACCAAGAAAGAAACUGUUGGACAAUCUGUCAUGUGCAUCUUUCAUGAUUAGGGGCUGAAGCAGGAUUCUGUCUGCUCUCUGGAAUAUUGAUGCCAACUGUGGCGAGUUUCAGGCUAUUCUGAUUGAGCCAACAAGGUACCCAAUCUGGGAUUUUCAGCUGGGGCUGCAAUUUUGAUUGGCGUGUUCGUCAGUUCUGCUGGCAGAUGGGUUGCAAGUAUUCCAAAGUGGAGGAUGAGGAGGCCGUCAGGAGAUGUAGGGAUAGGAAGAAGCUCAUGAAGCAACUUGGCUGUCGCCGUGUCGACCUUGCGGCUGCACACAUUACCUACCUGCAGGCACUCCGCAACACUGGAGCCACCCUCCGCCAGUUUGUGGAGGUGGAGUCUGCAUUAUCACAACAGACCUCUGUAGGCAUCCCGGUUGCAGCUUCUUCGCCGCCACCGCCGCCACCACCUCUACCUCCGGCAUACUCGGUGACAUCCUCAAUGCCACCACACUCGGUAACAUCCUCAAUGCCGUCCUCACCACUCCAGCCACCACUUAUACCGUUUAGUCCAAUUAGGAUAAGAAAGAGGGAGAAGAGAGAUGGUGAGCUUGAUGAGGAUGAUUCUACGGAUGACGACAGUGACAGCUGCUCGACGCCUCUACCCCCACCCCCACCACCCGGUAUGGAGUGGGAGCACAUAGACCCAAUCACUAUGCGUCCCUUGAAUUUCCCAUCUCUGUUGGCUGAUCGGAAUGAUAAAGAAGUGGCCUCACAAGUUACCAUGGAUGACGAUUGGGUGGAAUCAAGCACAGAAUUUGAUGGCGAUGAUGAAAGCGUCUCUGACAAUGAUGAUGGCGUUGUUAGGCGUGUGGAAUUGCAUCAAGCAAAGAGUAGGGUUCUGGGCGAUGAGAACUCAUCAAUGGUGGGCUGGAUGACAAAGGACUCGGACUCUUCGGUUGUGGACUUGAGGAGUGACAAGUCACUGGUAGGAAUUGCUAAGGAGAUCGAUGAGUACUUCUUGAAAGCAGCGGCAAGUGGGAGCGACGUUGUCAUCCUUUUGGACUCUGCUAGCGGGCGGCUAGAUACCUCAGAGUUAGAGGUAAAGAGAGGUGCAGGAAAAAAAUCCAAGUCUGCCAAGGUUUUCUCCACACUUUCUUGGAGCUGGUCAUUCAAGUCUGCGCAAGCUAACAGAGAAUCCUCAAGUGAUGCUGGUGGAUACGGUUAUCAUGGCAAAACACUAGACAAGCUUUAUGACGAGGAGCAAAAACUCUACAAAUUAGUUAAGGAUGAAGAAUUUGCAAGGCUCCAAUACAGAAAGUACACUUCAUUGCUACAGAGGCUUGAAUCAGGGGAGCAUGAUAGAUUGCAUGCAGAGAAAGUUCGGGAUAAUAUCGAGGAGCUGCAAACUCGGAUUAUGUCUUUAGAGGAAGCUGUAAGUUUGGCAUGUUUGACCAUAUCAAGGCUCAGAGAUGAGGAGUUAUACCCUCAGGUUAUUGAAUUAUCUGCAGGGCUAGUGCAUAUGUGGAGAAACAUGUACGAGUGCCAUCAGGUUCAGAAUCAUGUUGCCCAGCAGGCCAGUCUCCUUGGCAACCGACCUGGGAGUGAGCCGACAACUAACUCCCAUUGUUACGCGGCAACUCAGUUGGAAGUUGAAGUCUCUGCAUGGCACAGUUCCUUCUGCAAUCUAAUCACCUUGCAGCGUGAGUACGUAACCAUCCUUAACCAAUGGAUUAGUCUCACUGACUGCCUGCCUGAUGAUGAUGGCUUCAUGAGAAGUUCGUCUGGAAUCCGUAGCCUCUGUGGGGAACUUCAGCACGCUCUCGAGAGGUUACGUGAGAAGCCAGCCGCAGAAGCAAUCAAGACUUUUCUGUCAGUCAUACACUCUAUAGUUCUACAACAGGCUGAGGAGCGUCAGCUAAAGAAAAAAUCUGACAACAUCGAGAGCAAGUUCCAUAGCCAGUUAGAGAAACACAGUGAGAACGCAAUGCAAACCUCGGGCCAGGCUUCACAGGCCAGGACCUACUCAGUACCGAAGGACGAGCCCAAGCUGGACGCAUUCAGAAAGCGGGUGGAGGAGGAGAAGGCCAGGUACCUGAACUCCUUGCGGACCAGUCGAGCCAUGACACUGAACAAUCUUCAGACGAGCCUCCCAAAGGUGUUCCAGGCUCUGACGGGGUUCUCAGGAGUCUGCGUGCAGGCGUUCGAAGGUAUCAGCCGAUGCAGCGAAGUUGUUGCUAGCCACUCGGGGGCGGCUUCGCCUGCCGUCUCCUCCUGUGAUGAGCACCCACUGUAAGUAGGCAAAGUAUAGACCGGUUCCAUCGUGAAUAUGCUUCUCCUGCAAAAAAAAAAAAACGUUAUUGAAAUUCGAUACAGCCAUUUCAAUAGAUCGUCUCAGCUUGAGAAGAGGUUAGUGAUAGAAAUGAAAUAGUAUGAAGGAUCAGAACUAGUUCUCUUUUUUUUAUCAUGUAGCAUGGAAAGGAUGCAUGUACGAUUGAAUGCUUGAAUUUUAGUCUCUCCAUGUGAUUCUCUUCA